AUGGCCUCAGGAGUGCAGGUAGCUGAUGAAGUAUCCCACAUUUUCUAUGAUAUGAAAGUUCGGAAAUGUUCCACACCAGAAGAAAUCAAGAAAAGAAAGAAGGCAGUUAUCUUUUGUCUCAGUGCUGACAAAAAAUGCAUCAUUGUGGAAGAAGGCAAAGAUAUCUUAGUGGGAGAUGUUGGUGUGACCAUUACCGAUCCUUUCAUGCAUUUUGUGGGGAUGCUUCCUGAAAAGGAUUGUCGCUACGCUUUAUAUGAUGCAAUCUUUGAAACAAAGGAAUCAAGAAAAGAAGAACUGAUGUUUUUUCUAUGGGCACCAGAACUAGCACCUCUCCAAAGCAAAAUGAUCUAUGCAAGCUCAAAGGAUGCAAUCAAAAAGAAAUUUCCAGGCAUUAAACAUGAAUGUCAAGCAGAUGGACCAGCUGAUCUCAACCGGGCUUGUAUUGCUGAGAAACUAGGAGGGUCCUUAAUUGUAGCUUUAGAUGAUCAUUCAGUGCCUCACGGGUGA